AUGCGGGCUGCGUUCACACUCCUCCUCGCCGGUGUGGCUGCCACCACCACAGCUGCCGCGGACGACGACAUCACCACCAUCUUGCCCACCGAGGAGCCAACCGUCACCAUUGAUCCAUGGCAGUGCUUGACCCAGAAUCUUACCGAGUACUUCAUCGUUCCGCGACCGACCGGCGCAUUUUUAACAGCUAUCCACUCCCACGGCAGCGAGCUGAUCCAGGAAUGCGCCACAUUAACGCGAGACUCAGCCUCUGUAUGGUGGAAGUCACAUAGCUCUGCGGCCUUCUCAGCCGCCGCAGAGUGUCCGCUUGGCUGGUACAACGCCAUGCUUUCGAUUCCUGGCGGUAGGACGUGGCUGAACCUGACCAGAAUCUAUGCUGGAUGCCACGCCAAUCCACAGCCAACCUCUGGCUCUGGACCCUCGAAGGGGAUAUCGAUGACAACCGGGCCGACAGCUGUACCAGGCGCGGGAGCAACAGCUACAGACCUUAUCCAACCUACUGCUACCCCUAUGAAAAACAGCGUUCUUGGCUGGGCGGGAAGCAGGCCUGAGUUGCUAGCGGUUGCCGGUUAUAUCAGCGUCAUGUUAUAUGUAUUAUAA